AACGGACCUUUCCAUCCAGUGAGAUGCGUUUGUGAAACAAACCGAAGAGAUUAUUGUUAUCAUUACUGAAGUAGUGACGUUUAGACUUCAUUCUCACAACCACAUCAUAAACAUGACCGAUCCAGACACAACAAAAAAAAUCCCAUUCGUGCCACUUCAGUCUCUUUGUUCAACAAACAGUUAAAAAGGAGGAGCGACCAUGUCAGAUUGUUUAGAGAACCGUUAUUCUCAAUUUGAUAUCCAGAGUCCUCGUGAAAGCAUCUCUCGGAGUGCCAAUGUGGGUGUUUCACGACACGCGCGCGUCAAUUACAGGUGUCCAUUAACCAGCGCGCGCAUCACGACUGAGGACUGACGCGGAACACGAAACGCUUUCUGUUUAUCCAGGUAAACAUUAGUGAAGACCCCCAAAAACACACGCAUGUAACAAGUCUGCUAACAUGUGCCACGGACAACUACAGCAACUUUACAUGGAUUGAGUCACGUCCCGACCAUUGAAGCGGUGUCACGCGUCUGGAACACAGGGAAGACGAGUAUCGUGACUGCUGGUGUCCUCUGGAGAUCUAAAGAGCCCUGAUCUGCUCAGCGGAGGAUCACAACACAGGAGGAGACCCAGGCACUGCGAGACGUUAGCAUUCCCUCAUAGCACCAGCUGUCAGGAAAAGAGCAUCUGCAGAUAUUCAUUUCUUCUUGUGGAAGGGCCUUUCGGAACGUGCCCCUACAGUUUCUCUUUUGCAAUAUAUCUUGCGUUUUCGUGGAAUGUGCUUCGAGUGAAAUCAGGUCACUUUAAAAACAAUGAGCUCAGCAAACACUUGGAUUGACUCCUGAUGGUUUUGAACAACAGGAUUCAUAGAAAUCUGAUAGCUAUGGUCUGUUUGUGUGCUUUGAGACUUGGUGCGUGAACUCUACGACUCAAGACUUUAACUCUUCUUACUGGAUCCUGGAGGGCACAAACUAUAUCAAGGGGAUCAUCAUGGUGAUGUCGCAGGGGACCUAUACGUUUUUGGCAUGCUUUGCCGGCUUCUGGCUGAUCUGGGCUCUCAUUGUCAUGCUUUGCUGCUUUUGCAGCUUCGCUCAGCGCAAGCUGAAGCGGCGGCGUGAAGAGAGACUGAGGGAACAGUGCCUGCGGGCGCUGGAGAUGGAGCCUCUGGACUGCACCGGGGGAGGAUACCCUCCGAGAGAACCCCCUCAGUUCUGCCCUCCACUUCAAAUGAUGUCUCCGCCGCUGCCUGUUACACACACUCUCCCUCAAGCAAACUGGACGGUCUCUGAAGCAGACACAGAUGUCUUUGGAAAACCUCCAUGCUACGAAGAGGCCGUAUUGAUGGAGGACCCGCCGCCACCUUACAGUGAAGUUCUGUCGGACCCAAGGGGAGGAACUUACACCAAACCUACAACCAGGUCCUCCAGGGAGCACCAAGAGUCUGAGACCAGCAAGAUGGCCCCCGUGACCGUGUUUCCCGAACGUGGCUACUCGUCCCUCAUACGCCUACCUUCGGCCAGACGCUGGGACUCGCUCGGGCACCUCCUGUCCACCAUGGACCUCAACCACAACAACAUGCCAGUCGAGCCCCAGGCCUCUGCCAUCGCCACCAUGCCUCGCGAGGGCCGGACUCACACGGACUUGGGCUUGAGGGGACUCCGCAGUCUGGAUCAACACUACGGUUUGCCCACCGCCUUUCCCCUUCUGGGUCGAAGCACAGCGGUAUGAGCCCACAAAAAUAGACCUGAGUCAUGUGUGAGGCGUUUUGGGGGCAGAAUCAGCUUUGUUUGCAGAUCCAUCACUCUCGUCCUCUUUGCUCUCCGGCUGAUGCAGAGCAGAAGCUAUUACGUGAGCGCUGUUGCCAUGGCUCCCAGGAACUGUCAGCAGCCCACCAACACCUCGCCCCUCACGUCCUCUCUCAUCUGCGGCUCACUGAUAUAAUACAAAUGACAUUUUAAACCCUGUCUCUUUGUGAAACAGGGUACAACACAGAAGUGACAGCGGUUGCUCUCUAUUCUACACAAUGCUGCUCAGAUGUACAAAAUGUUGUUUCAUAAACUGGAAAACAAUACCUGGGAUCUCUUUCUGGAUUCUGUGCCGGUUCCUUUCUCGGGAAGGAGUCUGAACUUUGGGGGUGGAAAAGCUUCGAAGUAAUCUCAAAUAUUUCCUCCAAAGGAAGUUGUUAUUGAGGAGUUUCAAUUUGUUGAAAGACGUCUGUUAGGGGUGUAACGAUACACGUAUUCGUAUUGAACCGUUCGGUUCGCAUUUUUAAACCGAACGGUUUUUCCCGCCGACCAACAUUUCGUUAGGUUUUAAAUUUAGGCGCGUCGCGCGUGGUAAGCGCGCUCAUAGAUGCUGACGUAAUCACAACACUGCCCAACGUCAAAUGGCAAAUGUUAUUGUGUGGUUGACGGACCGUUUAUCAGUUUGGACCAACGCAGCGCGAGCCGAUCUGAAUCAAGCAGCACUGUUACACACAGCCAAAUCCAGUAAAGAAAACAUUUGAGUUCGCCAUUAAAGUAAUAACAUCGCUGCGAGAUCUAGUGAGAAACAUUCACAUUUCUCCGUUAAUAACGGUCAAACCGCGCUGACGUUGAAACCAGGAAGAAUUGUGCCAUGAAUGAACUAUCCAGUGUCCACAGAUCAGCAACAUUCAUUCACCAUGGGUUUACUGUAUAACACUAGGUAAGUUUUGGCAGUCGGCUAUAAUGCUUUCAAGUAACAUCACGUCAGUUUUAUUUUGACAUUAUGAAUACAAUUGCUGCCCUCAGAUGUUAAUCUGAACUAAAAUAAACCUUUGUUUAUAAUUAUAACUACUACAAUAUUACUUUUUAUUUUGUCUAAUGAGCGGUUUUGUUUAUAAGCUCCUAAGAAAAGUCAAGUAUAGCUCCAUCAUUGCUCAAAUUAAAAAAAUAUAAUACUUUUUGAUGUUAGUUUUAAUAAAAACAUAAGAAUUUAUAUCAAUCACAUUUAUCAGGCAUUUCUUUCUUUUGCUGUAUCGAAAACGUAUCGAACCGUGACACAAGUGUAUCGUAUCGAACCGAACCGUGAAUUUUGUGAACCGUUACACCCCUAGUAGUUUCCAUUGGAGAAAGUUGUCUCACUGGGAAACUGCAUUUAAUUUCAUGUUAGCAGUACUAUUCUCGCUCUUUAUUUUUUAAUUUUUUUACAGAUUCUGAAUCUCUGUAUGAAUAAUGAUUUAAUAU